CUGGUCGGGAACCCAUUGGGCUUACCCUUGCACAUGUACUACCUAUUUAUCAACGGGCCGGAUUAGGCCCAACAUUUAAUGAUCGAUGCUUGUUGGGCCAGUCAGUAGGAUUGAUACGGGCUUGGGAUUGACACCCCUUCUUAGGACGUUGGAAUUUGGGCUGGGCUAAGGUUGUCAAACCUCCAAGUCCAAACUGAAUCUUGGGCCAAUUAGGCCGUGUCUAGCCUGACCCAUGUGAUACCUCAAAUUUAAUGGAGCCCUAACAGACUUUAACUUGUUAAGUUGUUAGUAAUUAAUAAAGUAAUUAACCAUUUAUUAUUGUUAAUUAAACUUCAAUACAUGAAGAAUCCAACCGAGGGAAGCCCAUGAAAAACGUUACAUAGAUUAAAAAACCGGUCUUCCCCUAUCUCCUACCUUAUAAGACCACCACUCUCUCAACAUAGGGAAAAGAAAGGCUGUAAGGUUCAAGAAACAUGGCCUGGCACUCCAAUGGUUUCAUGGUGAUGGCAAUGAUGUUCUUCUUUGCCUCUGCAACUAUUAUUCCGGCAAUGCUCGCAUCCCGGGGCAUAGCACCGGCGCCUUCCGAAUCCGAUGAUGAUAUUGACCGCCCAAUUGCAGGAUUUGAUAACUCUACAAAAUUACUGGAAGAUGAUUCCAAAGAACCGGAGGAAAAUGCCGAUUUUUCACCUUCACCGGCACCGGCAUGGGCACCGCAGCCGGAGGCAGUUCAGUUGCCACCGGAACCUCAACCAGGUUUUUAUAGUCAUCUGAAGUCUUGUGUGGAAGUCAUACCUGUGGAAUGUGGGCAACCGAUCGUUGAUUCCAUUUAUAAGGAUACCAGACUUGAUGGAUAUUGCUGCCAAAAGCUUGUAGAAAUGGGGAAAGACUGCCAUCUGGCAUUAGUGAAGGUGGUCGAGUUGGUCGAUAAGAGCCAUGAAAAGGUAAUUUCUCAAAGGGGAUUACAGGUCUGGAACCAAUGUGAUUCAUUAGUCGUUAAGAAUGUGUCACCUUCCCCUUCUCCUUAGAACAGUGGGCUAUGAAGAGAGAGGGAGAGAGA